UAUGUCACGUGAUAGAGCUGUCUCUGUGUUUGUCUCAUAGCCUGAGAGACAAGAUGGCUGAUUGUUGCUGAACCGGGCUGUGACGUGUGGAAGGUGCGAGUCCCUGAGGAGGUCCCGUGAUAUUCGAUUGCCUAGCUGUAGACAUAGAGGGAAACCAUGGCCAGCCUGGGUCCUCAGAACCUGUUGUCCUAUGUGGAAGAAGGCAACAUUUCUGCUCUGAAAGCUCUGUUGGAAAAAUACAAGGAUGUGGAUGAGAGGAAUGAGAACGGGCAGACCCCCCUAAUGAUUGCAGCGGAACAAGGCAACAUGGAGGUGCUCCUGGAGCUCCUAGAGAAGGGGGCAAACUGUAAUCUAGAUGAUGUGGAUAACUGGACUGCCCUCAUUUCUGCUGCCAAAGAGGGACAUUUGGAGAUUGUUAAAGAGCUCCUGGAGAGCAAUGCCAACCUGGAACAUCGUGAUAUGGGAGGAUGGACUGCUCUUAUGUGGGCUUCUUACAAAGGACGCACUGAUGUGGUGGAGCUUCUAUUAUCAAAAGGAGCAAACCCAAACAUAGCUGGCUUGCAAUACAGUGUGUGUCCAAUCAUCUGGGCAGCCGGGAGAGGCCACUCUGAUAUAUUGAAGCUUUUACUGCAGUACGGAGCCAAGGUCAACUGCUCUGAUAAGUAUGGAACCACUGCGCUCGUCUGGGCUGCGAGAAAGGGGCACCUGGAGAGCGUCAAGUCUCUGUUGCAGAUGGGGGCUGAUGUUGAUCAGGAAGGAGCUAAUUCGAUGACCGCCCUGAUUGUGGCUGUAAAAGGUGGCUACACUGAGACCGUAAAGGAAAUUUUAAAGCGAAAUCCCAAUGUGAAUUUGACUGACAAAGAUGGGAACACUGCUCUGGCAAUCGCCGCCAAGGAGGGCCAUACGGAGAUUGUGCAGGAUCUUCUCGAUGCUGGAACUUAUGUCAAUAUACCUGAUCGGAAUGGAGAUACUGUACUGAUCGGAGCGGUUCGAGGAGGUCAUGUUGAAAUUGUACGGGCUCUACUGAACAAGUAUGCUGAUAUUGACAUCAGAGGACAGGAUAAUAAAACUGCCUUAUAUUGGGCUGUUGAGAAAGGCAACGCCACCAUGGUUCGGGAUAUCCUACAGUGUAAUCCAGAUACGGAAUUCUGCACAAAGGAUGGAGAAACACCUCUGAUUAAAUCCACAAAGAUGAGAAACAUUGAAAUUGUGGAGCUCUUACUGGAUAAGGGAGCUAAGGUUUCUGCAAUUGAUAAGAAAGGAGACACUCCUCUACAUAUUGCCAUCAGAGGCAGAAGUCGGAAACUUGCAGAAUUGCUUCUUAGGAACCCAAAAGAUGGCAGAUUACUGUACAGGCCAAAUAAGGCGGGAGAGACUCCAUAUAACAUAGACUGCACCCACCAGAAGAGCAUUCUUACCCAGAUAUUUGGAGCCAGGCACCUUUCUCCUACUGAAUCGGAUGGUGAUAUGCUGGGUUAUGAUCUCUACAGCAGUGCCCUGGCUGACAUACUCAGUGAGCCCACCAUGCAGCCUCCAAUCUGUGUUGGACUUUAUGCUCAGUGGGGAAGUGGAAAGUCAUUUUUGCUUAAAAAGCUUGAAGAUGAAAUGAAAACGUUUGCAGGCCAGCAGAUUGAGCCCCUCUUCCAGUUCUCUUGGCUCAUUGUCUUCCUCAUUUUGAUGUUGUGUAGCACCGUUGGCUUGCUUCUGUCAUUCAGUGUAGAUGCCAAGUUGGGGAUAUCUGUGUCGCUCAGCCUGCUGGCUGUCCUCUAUAUAUUCUUCACUGCAGUGUAUUUUGGUGGGCGACAAGAAGGAGAGAAUUGGAACUGGGCUUGGGUAUUGAGUACCAGACUUGCGCGGCAUAUUGGUUAUCUGGAACUGCUUUUGAAACUGAUGUUUGUGAACCCUCCAGAGCUGCCAGAGCAGACCACCAAGGCUUUGCCUGUCAGGUUCCUCUUUACAGAUUAUAAUAGGCUCUCUAGUGUUGGUGGAGAGACCUCCAUGGCAGAAAUGAUCGCCACUCUCUCUGAUGCAUGUGAAAGAGAGUUUGGUUUUCUGGCAACCCGACUUUUCAGGGUCUUCAAGACGGAAGAAUCCCAAGGGAAGAAGAAAUGGAAGAAGACCUGUUGCCUUCCAUCUUUUGUCAUUUUCAUCUUUAUAAUGACCUGCAUUUUUGCUGGGGUCAUAUUACUGGCAAUCUUCAAAGUGGAUGCAAAGAACAUGACUGUGAAUGCUAUUCUGAUAGCUGUGGCUUGUGUUGUUGGUCUGGUGUUGGUUCUGAAUUGUCUCACAUGGUGGCAAGUGAUGGAUUCCAUACUGAACUCACAGAGAAAACGCCUUCACAGUGCGGCCUCCAGACUUCACAAGUUGAAAAGUGAGGGCUUCAUGAAGGUUCUGAAAUGUGAAGUAGAACUGAUGGCUAAAAUGACAAAGACAAUUGACAGUUUCACACAGAACCAGACAAGACUCGUUGUGAUCAUUGAUGGACUGGAUGCCUGUGAGCAAGACAAGGUCUUGCAAAUGCUGGAUACGGUGCGGAUCUUGUUCUCCAAAGGCCCUUUCAUUGCAGUAUUUGCAAGUGACCCACAUAUUAUCAUCAAGGCAAUCAACCAAAACCUCAAUAGUGUCCUAAGAGACUCCAACAUUAAUGGCCACGACUACAUGCGCAAUAUUGUCCACUUGCCCGUUUUCCUCAACAGUCGUGGGCUUAGCAAUGCAAGGAAGUUGUACGUGGCAGCAACUACUAAUGGAGAUGUGCCAGGCGUGGAUAAUGCAGGUGGCCAUGAGGAUCUGGACCGCAGGGUGUCGCAGCACAGUCUUGCCGAGACUGCCAAAGUUGGCAGCAAAACAGCCCUAAACAGACGGGAUACCUACAGAAGACGUCACAUGCAGAGAUCGAUUACUCGACAGAUGUCCUUCGACCUUACCAAACUAUUAGUGACAGAAGACUGGUUCAGUGACAUCAGUCCCCAGACAAUGAGAAGAUUGUUAAAUAUUGUUUCAGUUACAGGACGAUUAUUAAGAGCCAACCAGAUAAGUUUUAACUGGGACAGGCUGGCCUCAUGGAUCAACCUUACAGAGCAGUGGCCAUAUAGAACAUCCUGGCUUAUCCUGUACCUUGAAGAGACAGAGAGUGUCAAUGAUCAGACCACACUAAAGACGAUUUAUGAAAGAAUUUCUAAAAAUAUCCCGACAACAAAAGAUGUGGAACCACUUCUGGAGAUCGAUGCUGACAUAAGAAAUUUUGAAGUUUUCCUUUCAUCUAGGACACCUGUUCUUGUGUCACGAGAUGUCAAGACCUUUUUGCCAUGUACAGUAAAUUUGGAUCCAAAACUCAGGGAGAUUAUUGCAGAUGUGCGUGCAGCCAGAGAUCAGAUGAACAUUGGAGGUUUCCCCUACCCUUCAUUACCCUUGCAGGAAGCUCCACCCAGGGCAACCUCUGUUUUCAGCCAGCCACCAUCUGUCUGCUCCUCCUCUUCAUUUAACGGUCCCUUUCCUGGUGGCGUUGUUUCCCCACAGCCCCCCAGCAGCUACUAUAGUGGUAUGACUGGUCCACAGCAUCCUUUUUACAAUAGGCCGUUCUUUGCACCUCAUGUUUACCUGCCAAAGUAUUACUUUGGCCACCCCCAACAUCCCAUGUCACGCCCACCUGUAAAACACAGUCUGUCCAGAGAUCAAACCAAUGGCCUAGAAAUUAUUGAAGAAGAUGCCGCUGAGAAUCUGUCUACUCCCACACACUCCCCUCUGGUUAGUGGUGGCGGUGUGGCAACUGCGCACUCUUCUGCACUAAGUGCCUUGAAUGUGGAUGCAGUGUGUGAAAAGCUGAAGCAAAUUGAAGGCAUUGAUCAGAGCAUGUUGGCACAGUACACUGCAACCAUCCGCAAGGCAAACAUCAAUGGUCGUGUCCUGGUACAGUGCAGCAUGGACGAGCUAAAGAAAGAGAUGAGCAUGAACUUUGGUGAUUGGCACCUCUUCAAGAGUGCACUUCAAGAGAUGAGAACUGGUGAGACACAGAUACAUCAUGAUGAUACCCGUAUAACUGAGCCAGUGAGAAAUGUAGUUGCUCACAAUGAGGUUAGCCGGCGUUCAAUGCCAAACCAAGAACUUCCACAUACUGACCUCGCUGGUCAAAACUACGAUUUCAGCUUCAGCUUUGAAGAACUUAACACACUUGGAUUUGAGGAGGCACCACAACGUAAUUGGCAGGGAAAGGCACAUAGAACUCCAAGCUUAACCAGUCUCAACUCGCAGGAAAGCCAGGAAAUCUUGCGGCUGACUGAUAAAGUUCAGGCAGAAUACAGAGAUGCCUAUCGGGAAUAUAUUGCACAGAUGGCAAAUAUAGAAGGUGCUGCAAGUUCUACUAGUGACCGAUCCUCUCCUAUGAGCUCCAGUGCAUACUACAUUGGGCAGAGCACAUCUGUGAGCUCCAUACACUCCACUUCAGAACAAGACAAAGGAAAAGAAGAGCAAAAGCUCGAAGAUGGAAGGAAGCCAUUUUUGCUGAAGAGAAAUGAUGUUGUUGAUUACACAUCUUCCACAGCUUCUACAACUGAUGCUUCCCCAUUGGACCCGAUCACAGAAGAGGAUGAAAAGUCUGAUCAGUCUGGUUCCAAGCUUCUUCCCAGUAAGAAGACAGCAGAGAGGGCAAGCAUAUUCCAGGGAGCUGAUAUAAAGCUUAAGGGAAAUGGAAUGCGCUACCAGAAGCUUCCAAGCGAUGAAGAGGAGUCUGGUCCAGAGGAGUCUGAUAACACCCCUCUUCUAAAGGAUGGCAAGGACAAAAAUCCAGAUACUACCACAGACAAGAAAGUGUCUGAAAGUGCACCAGAAAACGUGAGGACAUUCAUCGUAACAAAAGAAUACCUGUCUGAUGCUAUAUUGGACAAGAAAGACUCCUCCGACUCUGGCGUGAGGUCCAAUGAAAGUUCACCAAACCAUUCACUCAACAACGAAGCCAGUGAUGACCCACAGCUUGAAAAGGCUAACCUUAUUGAACUUGAGGAUGACCGCCUGCGUGCAAAGAGGGGAAUACCAAACAGUCUAAGCGGUCUUCAAGACUCCGCAAUAGCACGCAUGUCCAUCUGCUCGGAAGGCAGGAAGAGCCCAUCUGAAAGCAGCCUCAUAGCCAGCAGCCCAGAGGAGAAUUGGCCAACUUGCCAGAAAGGCUACAAUCUCAACCGUACUCCCAGCACAGUGACCCUAAAUAAUAACACUGCAAACCAAAACUUUGAAGAAACAGAAGCAGCAAAAGAAGAGUCACCAAUCAUAGUGGUGCCUGGGUCCAGCCCAGUUCACAACGAAAACCUGAAGAGAUUGACCCACAAGAGAGGACAGCGAUCAGGAUACAGCCGCCUAGCAAAAGAUUCCUCAGAGCUGCACACAGUCACAUCAUCUGACUCUGCUGGCUUUGCGGAGGAACGAGAGAGUUCUGGAAAAUAUGUAAAAGCAAAAACCAGCAACUAACCUAGUAAAGAGCACUGAAUCCUAUCCGCAGCCAUAAUACCUCCUGCAGAUCUUUCUACUGCUCUUUAAUGUGACAAGAAGAGAACAUCUUGUUCCAGAAAGUGUUAUGACCAUUAGAUUUUGUGCUCUUCAUUAGCCAUUUCAUUAUUUCAUUACAGUCACAUUUAUAAGCAUUAUUGAACCGUCAUGACCUGAUGUAAUGGACAGUGAGAUUAGAGCUGUUAAUUUAAUACUUUAUAAGGUUUUUCCACGUAGCACAAUGUUUUAUUCACGCUAAAUUUCUUAAACGGUUAGCAGUUUCCUUAGUGGACAAAUUUCAACUAUAAAGUUUGGACUUUCCAUACUAGGUUUUUAUCGCUUAGCUGAAAGGCAAAUCAGGAAAUAGUUAGGGUGCCAAUAAAAUGCUUUUAGAAAGAUUUGGAUUAACCUAACCAAAUCUGAUCAAUAUCGAUUGCAUCAUAAAUCAAAUCAACUUGGGAAGUCUUUAAAAAAAGAAAUAAAAACUUUUGUCAUCCCAGAUGUAGUCCAAAAGAUCAUUUGAGCUUUGAAUUUUUAUUUUUUUUUUCUUCUUAAUAAGUUAAUGUCAAGAUGGCUUAAAGCAGACAUCCAGAAAAAUUACUUUUCUUUUUUUAUUGUGAAUUAUCCAGAAAUGUUAUGUUUCUUUGCCAAAAAAAGUCUGGAGGUUGGUUGGGGAUGCUAAAAAUGUUUGUAUUAAAGAGGAAGUAAUCCCUCUUU